CUAAACUCGUGAAGAAAAGGCCUCUCCGUCUCUCGUCCUUGUCCCACAUAAAGAAUCGCACAUGCCACAGCGUUAUUAGUACUCCCACCAUUGGAGGAGAAGGAUAGGGAGGAGUGGAGGAAGGAAUAGAGCCAUGGAGGGGGAGCCUGAGGUCCAGCGGUUAAGCAUGAAGGAAAGGGCACCGGAGAGGAAGAAGAAAAGAAAGCAGAAGCAGAAGAGGAACAAGUAUGGGUUGGUGAGCUACGAGGAGCUGCCAGAGUAUAUGAAGGAGAACGAGUACAUACUGGGCUACUACAGGGCGGAGUGGCCUAUAGUUAACGCCCUCCUCAGCCUCUUUUCUUGGCACAAUGAGACCCUUAACGUCUGGACGCAUCUACUCGGGUUCUUUCUGUUCUUGGGCUUGACGCUGCAGCAUCUGAGACAUCAUAUGCCCCAGGUGGCUGAUCUCCUUGGCCAUCUUCCUUGGUCUAUUACAACGACUGCAGUGGAAAACAUCUCCAGCAAUCUCUUCAGUGGAGCAGCAGCAUCCGUCAAGCUGAAGGCAACCAUAUCCCCCAACAUCUCUGCUGCCCCCUCCUCCAUGCAGCCUCCUACCGCGAGGUGGCCCUUCUUCGUCUUCCUUGGUGGCUCUAUGUUUUGCCUCCUCGUAAGCAGCUGCUGCCACCUCUUCUGCUGCCAUUCUCACCGCCUUACCCUCUUCCUCGCCCGCCUCGACUACGUCGGCAUCGCUGUCAUGAUCGCCGCCUCCUUCUUCCCCCCCAUUUACUACAUCUUCCAGUGCGAUCCCCACUGGCAGCUCACCUACCUCACUGCCAUCACCGCCAUGGGCUUUGUCACGGUCUUCACCCUUCUCUCGCCGCAGUUAUCGACCGGAAAGUUUCGUUCCUACCGUGCACUGCUCUUCUUGGCUAUGGGCUUCUUCGGCAUUGUGCCUGGUGUGCAUGCUGCUAUCGUGAACUGGGGCGAGCCUCGGCGGAACAUCACACUGGCUUAUGAGUUGGCCAUGGCGUCGUCAUACAUCAUAGGAACCAUCUUCUACGUCAGCAGGGUGCCUGAGCGCUGGAAACCGGGCCAUUUCGAUCUUGCUGGCCAGAGCCACCAGAUAUUCCAUGUGUUUGUGGUCGCUGGUGCAUUAGCACAUUACGCUGCAGCGCUAAUCUUCCUUGAGUGGCGCGACGAGGUGGGGUGUGGAGGAGUUGCGUGAUAUAUGAAUUGUUAGCAAGUUGCAAGUUGUGAUUAUAUUAAUUUCAUGAUUGAUCGAAGUUAUAGGUGGAACAAAAGGGAGAAGGUUGUUGAAACAUUUGUGAAAGCUUAUACUGGAAAUUAAAGAUAAAUUUGUUUGCAUUUCUUCUUGCUGAAUCAACAUGCAGUUCCUUCGAAAUUCUCAAAUCAAGCUAACAUGCAUGCAGAGAGAGGUAAGUGUUUAUUAACUUUACCUCUUCCAAAAGGCCAAGAUCAAACAUUUAUCAGAAAUGAGGCCAUGUAUACAUGUUUGAGGCCAGGAACAGGCUUAGCCAGGAGAUUUUGUGAUUUGGUGGUGACUAAGACUUCUUAUCCGACAGACCUCUAGAUUGCCGAUUUCGAUUUGUAGCAGGGUUCUUUCUCUUCUGUGCAUUCUGUUUUGUUCUGGGACUGGGAUUUUGUUGUAUUUUCCUGGGUUGAGGUUGUCAGCACCCACCAGCGGAAGUUUUCAGUGGAUUUCGCGUCUUUUCUUUUC